AUGUCGGACCAUCCUGAGCCCUUGUCCAAGCGCGUCCACAAUUCGCUGAGCUAUCGCACCCUCGUACCUCCAGAAUUGCUGCCCGAACCGGGCCCUGAGGAUUUCGCCCCAUUUUUUGAGGUAGACCAGCAAGAAUACUACGACAGCAUCGUUGUGAUGCCAUCGCAGCGCACGCUACGUUUGAAACGGUUUUUGAGACGCUACAGACUGCCAGACGAAUACUACGAGUCUGGGUCUGCGUAUUCCGCAGAGGACCAAGACCAUGACGAUGAGAUCGAGUAUGAAGAUGACUCGGACUGCGAGGAUGAACUUGACGAGGACGAGGACGAACUUGAAGGCGACUCUGAGGAGGACGACGGCCACGAUGCAGAUGAAGAACUGCAAGAAGAUGGCAACUCCGAUGAGGCCACAGACGGCGUGGACGUGGCGACAACGGCGGCAACAACGACGGAGGCCACCGCCGUAACUCGACGCGUCAAGCCGUCGGAUAACACUGACAUAGACUGGUCGACAGACAGUGGGUCUGAGUCAGAAGAGGACGACGAAGACGAGAUCAUUUGCACGGGCCACAAGCGUCCACAUGCAGACGUCGAAUGGGAGCGCGAGCCCGUUAUCCCCGACUUUGAUGACUUCGACGUAGAGAAGCCCUCCGUUGAAUCACCAGUCGCGCCGGUUGCAUUGACGUCGCGAACGUAUCCACGUGACAUACGCGACAAGGGCGCGGCGAGGCCACGUUCGAGUCCGCGACCCACAACAGGAUCGCCUUCUACGUCUCGGCGAUCCCCGCCCUCCCAAGAUACUAGAUUUGCCUCUCCGCCGCCCUCUUCGCUUGUCCGAUUCCGAUCCCCUUCAGCGAGCUACGGCAAGACCAAACCUAGUACUCAUAGCGCUGCCCAUGUACCAACCGACGUUGUGGCUUCGAUGGUAUCGGACCACAGAGAGAACUCGCCUGUUGACCAUCCGGCUCAGACGGGGCCCCAAGCACCGAAGGUGGCAGAUCGGGCCGCUGCAAAGGUUGUUGAUCCCGCCGCACGUCUGAGUACUGGACUUGAGCACUCUGGGGAAAACGCAAUGCCGGCUUCCGUGCCCGUGAAGAAGCGGAAGGGGAAAACGUUAGAAGCACCGGCGCCGUCAAAGCGACCGCGGAGGGGAGCGGCCUCCAAGUUCGUGUCUCCGUCCGACAGCGAAGAAGAGGCCACCCAAGUGGAAAUGAAGCUCGAAGCUGCGGACGAGGACUACGUCCCUAAGGCCAGCUCGACAUCAGCUCGGCGUCCGCGCAAGCGUCGUUUGUCUCCGGAUGUCGGCGACCAGAAGGAGGAGAUUCCCCGGGCCUCAAAGCGUCGACGCGUGCAGGUGGCAGACGACACAGGCUCUCCAGCAUUGUCGAUGCACUGCAAGUGGGCUGGUUGCAAUGAGUCCUUUGCUCGUCGGGACCUUCCGCAGCAUGUGAAGUCUGCCCACGUCGUCGUGCCCCCGGACUACCAGGGUAAGCCAGGACGGUACGACGUCGUCUGCCUCUGGGAAGACUGUCCGGACAGAAUGGACGGAGCCGCGACUCACACCGUGCGGAUGGAGAACCUCAAGAAGCACAUCCACAGCGCGAUGGGCACCCGCUAUCUCUGUCCCGCCGAGAACUGCGACAAGUCGUUCUCCCGUGUGUGGCGCCUCAACGACCACAUCCGGAGCCAUCAUCCUGGCCGGGAACAUGUCACGUCGGAACAAGCUCUGCAAACAGACUAGUUGUGGUAUCACCCGAUGUGGAUUGUAGCGCACUGUAGCGCACAAGGUCUCAGGAACUGCUGUACUUGCGGGGAGACCUGCGUCGUACGACGCCCGUACUCUGAUGGACUCCUUUGUUAGCCGAUAUGUACUUAUUUUUACUGCGUACAGCCUAUGCCUAUGAAUAUUAUGCAAGUGACAAAGGAAAGAAAGAAACACGAAUGCUAGCAGUGUAUCGUAAGCAACGGCAGGGACAGCCGCAAACGGGGCAGCCGCAAA